UUUUCCAAAUUAUAGGGACUCUUUUAAACAUUUCUAUUCAAUAUAAAAUGUAAGUCACAUGCAUGCAAUAAUAAGCCUAAUUUAUAACCCCUAUUCAAAAGCUUCCCUUUACCGGCGCCGGCAUGGAAGAAACCUCCGCCGACGACGAAGGCGUCAACAAGAGACAUGUUACCUUCGCGAUCCCUGCCGAAGCCGACGCCAAUCGCGUACCUCUGCUUCUUCAACGAUCAUACGCAAGGUCCAAAUCGCUCAUGUAUGACGAUCUAUGCAGUUUUCGAAUAAUCCUAAAAUGGUGUGCUCUCGAUCAUUCCUCAUAUUCCGGCAAGGUCAUAUCAUACCUUACGUUUACCUUCCUCGCCGUCUUAGUUCCGAUUAUUAUCUGUGUCACUGUCAGAGAUACUUCCCACGAUAAUGAAGGAGGAGUUGAGAAUUCAACAUGGUUCAUGAUCAUCAAUAAGUUAGUACAGCUGCCUGAAUCCGCCUUGGCCGGAAUUUCAUUCCUUACUCUAUGCCGAUUUUUCCGGCAAUAUGGACUCAGGCAGCUUCUAUUUCUAGACGCUCUUCAAGACGAUACAAGAUUUGUACGUUUUGGAUAUGCCCGUGCGUUAGACAAAGCCUUCCGUCUUCUUUCCUGGCUUCUAUUACCUUCUUUCAUUGUGGAAUUUGCUCAUAAAGUAGUCUUCUUCUCGACUGUUACAAUCUGCACUCCUGGUGUUCCACCAAAUGCUGUAGAGAACACUUUGGCGUUUGUUCUUGCCUUAGCUUCUUGGCUUUACCGAACAGUUUUGUUCUUGUUGGUCUGUGUUCUCUUUAGACUGACUUGCGAACUUCAAAUUCUGAGAUUUGAAGGUUUCUAUAAGCUUAUGGAUGUUGGUCAUGACGGGUCGAGAGCAGAUGAGAUAUUCGAAGAGCAUUUGAGAAUAAAGAAACAGUUAUCUGUAACAAGUCAUAGAUAUAGAUUCUUUAUUAUAGCUUGUAUGGUCACCAUUACCAUCAGUCAGUUUGUAGCUCUGUUUUUGGUUCUUACUUCAAAGUCGAGUAAAACCUUCUUGAACUCCGGCGAUCUAGUGGUUUGUUCAGCUGUUCAAAUUAGUGGAUUCUUCUUGUGCCUAAUGGGAGCUACAAGGAUUACUCACAGAGCUCAAGGUGUUGUGUCCAUGGCUACUAAAUGGAACAUGGCUAUGGCUAUGACUUCUUCCCAAGAACAGGAGGAAGAGACUAUCGAGGAAGAUGACGAAACAAUAAAGUUUCCUUCACCCAGUUCCUCGGAGUCGGAUUCAGAUGUAAAUAUGAUCAAGAUUUGCUCCCAUGAGUGUAAUAGCUUCCGAACCCGGUUAUCACUAGUAACAUAUUUGCAGCACAACAAUGGAGGAAUAACACUAUACGGGUAUGCACUUGAUCGCGGAUUGCUUCACACCCUUUUUGCCUUCGAGUUCUCUUUGGUCCUAUGGAUUCUCAGUAAGGUUGUCGUUUUAUCUUGAUGAGUUUAGAAAUCAUUUUACACUAAAACUACUAUUGUCUAAUAGUUAGAGAUAUU